AUGAGUGUGCGAUUUAGCUUCAACGACCCGAUUUUCCGUCGACUGAUGGUGAAAAUUGAAGAGGGAUUCCAAUUAUUCGGUGGCAUCGUCUUCCUAAAUUACUUCCCAUUUUUGCGCUAUUUCCCACACUUCCGCAAGGAAAUCACGAAGAUCGACGAGAACAAAAAGCAGACACACGACUUUUUCCAGAAGAUCAUCGACGAGCACAGACGUACCUUCUCUGAGACCAAAACGAGAGAUGUACUCGAUUGUUACUUGAUGGAGAUCAGACGAGCCGAACUCAGUGGCACAAGUGAAAAUCUAUUUCAAGAAGUAGCUAAAUCUGUGCAAGCUGAAUUGGAUGCAGUUGUAGGUCGUAAACGAUUACCUACCUUCGAUGACCUCCCAUAUUUACCGAUAACUGAAGCCACUAUUUUGGAAGUAUUGCGCAAAUCGAGCGUCGUGCCAUUAGGGAACUCGCAUGCGACCAUGGU